UAUGAUUAUGAGCCAUCUCUAUCCCAACGAAGUCGAAAUGAAAGAGAUGAAGUGAUGUUAUCGCACUCGAAGAACCGUAGAGCUGGUCAAGAUUGUGAGCAGGAUGUCCUAGUCAUUCGUGACCGUGAAAACGCUCAAGACCAUCGUGAGAGCGCCGACAUUAUGACGGAAGCCGACUAUUAUUAUCGUCACCACACUGCUGGUGCAACCAUUGGUGAAGCAUACAAUGGAGCAACAAAGGAUUGGAGCAUGAUAGAUGUACCUCCCGGGACCAAAAGAGUAACUCUGGACGGCGUGGGAGGUGUAAGCCAAGAAAUCAUAUGGCAGCGAUAUAACGGCGCUCGAAGAUCAAAAUUCAGUGCUGACGGAGAAGAGUAUGACGCGGAUUUCGAGAGGCUAAACGUUGGCAAGCGCUAUAUGAGGGUCAAGAACAAGAAGGAUAGGCUUUGGACAGAGAUAACGAAGGAUUUGGUUGCCAAAAAGGCAAUUGAGAAGGCAGCCUAUGACUACGAGGAGACGGAAGAUAUCUACUACGUCUUUUCUUAUUUACGAUAUGAUGAUGUUGCCCACCUUGUUCGAAUCUCAGAAGACUGUAGACGUGCUCAGCGUGAACGGAUUCGAGAUUUCCAAACCGAGCGUGCUGUGAAAUCUCAACCACCAGCUCUCCCGGCCACCACUCAACAUCCGACAACAGUGCUGGUGGAUCGAACAACAAGGGAAGUAGAGGAGGAAUUCUACUCGGACGAUGACGUGAUAACCGGGCCUGGUCGGAGAGGUUACCGGGGCCGUAGGUGGUGA